AUGCCCUCUGCCAGUACGAAAAACAAAGUUCCCGAUUCCAAGCGUGUUCCCGUCGGGCUCCGCAAGAUGGAGAAAGUCGGCCUGUACAAUGUCAUUUUCGAGCUGGACUUGAGUGACAUCACUUAUGACUUCACUAAGUUCACCAUGGAUGACAUGUGUGCCUUACUGCUGAAGUGGAUAACAUGGUGCCACGAACGUCUGCACCCAGAGGCAAAGGUGUUCAUCAGCUUCAGAGAUCUGCCGGAUACCAUGCCAACCCACUCAGAGAGAGUCUUCCAAACCGUGGACUUCCUGGCCAAGCUUCCACUCAACCUCCGUCCUUUCGGCCUGAUGUUCGAGGAGCCGAGGGGCAAGUCCGUUCCAGAGGAGUGUGGUACCUUCGCCAAGUACAUCCGCAAGGUGAUGGACGCCAAUGACUGGAAGGGAAACCUCCUGGUUCAUGUACACGAGAAGUAUGGCUACUGUGAUGCUACGGCACUCCAGGUGUUGAUGAGUGGUGCAAACGGAAUCUGGGCAAGCGUCUGCAUCGAAGGCUCCUCCAUGGGCAACGCAGCAUCCAGUGUCACUCUGAUGAACCUUAUCCGAAUGGGCAACAAGAAGGUGCUAAACAAGUUCAACUGUAACUACCUCCGGCAGGCCGCAAUCAAUGUGACACGAAUCACAACUGGACAGGACCCGCACAUCAAGCAGCCAAUCUACGGUGGGAGGGCUCUAGACUUCGUGUUCGACCUGAAUCCGGAAGAGUUUGAUCUGGCAGAGUUCUUCGGCGAGGAGGCUCCUGUGCGUAUCACAACCCUGGCUUCUGAGGAGAUGAUUCAGACCAGAUUGGUUGAUCUCUACGGCGAAGACCCUCAGUUCACAAUUCCGCGUGCUCGCAAAAUGAAGCAAGUGAUGCUGACAGAUCUUCGAAACAACAGAAAGGAAGAGUACAUGAGCUUGGUGGGGCUAGCUCUACUCUUCGACAGGGCAGGUGGUGCUCUCACAGAGGCAAUGAGGGAUGCCAUCGAGAAGAUGGAGAUCAAUAGCUCUCACGCAAACAACCUGAUUGAGGAGAUCAAGGCUACCUGGCAUGAAUGGGACACCAGGGAAGAAGCACAGAAUGAUGACAUGCUGGAGUAUGAUUCCUUCUACAAUGGCUUCAUGUCUCCAUACUUUGCCUGCUAUAGAUGCUCAGACACCAAGAGGGCCAUGCAGGCAAUUGACAUGGACGCUGAUGGUCAAGUAGAUUGGAAUGAGUUUUUGGUUUACCUCAAGUGGGCGAUUCAUCAGUAUCCUAAUCUUAAGAAUAGUCGUGAGUUGCUGGAUGUAGCAUUCCGUAAGGGAAUCAUCCCAGCUAUGCGGGAUGAGAAGCUUGGUAAAAAUGGUCGGAAGUAAUGGGCAAUGUUGGAACGCUAGGUAGCAGCAGACUUACCAGAUAAGUGUCCAUUGUUUACGUAGUUUUAAGCAAGCGCGCAUUACCGAGAACAAUGGAUUUGACCUGGUUAGUCUGCUGCCACCAAGCGUCCAAAAAGUCCUCCAUUAUGACGUCGUUUGAUACGAACCUUGUUACCGGUCAGCCGUUUUUUUUUAUAGUGUAGGUAAAGCAUAGUCGAGACGCUUAGCGUAAAAAACUGUCUUUUCAAUAAUUAGCGGCUUGUUGUGUGUAGCAAUUGAAAUAAUGCAGUUUAAUUGAUGGAUUAACUAACAGAGUGGUUUGAUUUUUCAAUUAAUACUAAUUGUUUUUUUGUUAAUUUUAGUUAGUUUCACAACAAACAGCUAUAGAUUUCACCAAGUAUAUCAAGAUAAUAUUUAUUUCAAAAAGUUAACGAAAUCAUGAGUUUGGGGAAACCUGCCCCUUAGUCGUGACCGGCUUCGUCUCUCUUGGAGUCGACCGGUCCAGAGACGCGAUUAACCCGUGGCCUGUCUGGGUCCCACUUGGUGUAACUCAAUUAUGUUUUGGGGUUUGGAUGUCCAAUAGCCUGGUGUUUGGAUGUCCAAUAGCCUGUUGUGGAUUAUCAUGUAAUAGCUUGUUGCGCAAAAUGCGUUCAGUCAUACUAACCGAAGGGUCAUGUUUUGUUAAAAACUUUGUAUCGAAGAUAAUUCACUGAUGGAGCUCUCUUUAUAUUGACACAACGCAAAAGUUUAGUUUAAGGAAUGAUUAGAAACUUGGACGUCGGUGUGUUGUACUUUGUAAGUUUUUUUUUUAAAUAGAAUAGUACGGUUUAAUAGGUACUUAUUGCACAAUCACUAUUUUUCUACUUUAAUUGAGAAUCUUUUUUUUUUGAAAUAAAAUAAUUUAUAUGGCACUUUUUCCAUGAGA